GGGUUUGUUCUGACUUCAUGCCUCUUGUCUUGACACUGUCUUCACUACUUCAGCUCAGUCUUCACAGUUUACAAUCCAGGUAUCAACGUACUGCGCCGGAGGCUGGAACAAGUGGCUGCAGUCAUACUCAGCCGACUAGUGCAGCACUAAAAAUGCAGAAGUGUCCGGCUAGGCUCCACUACCGUCCGACUCCGCACAAAAGUCCUGGACACUCUUGGUUGGUGAAGCAAGUAGUUACGGAGCGAGCAGUCUAAACUCAUAGAGACGAGCUGGUUAGGGCUGGUUGUCAAACGGACCAGGCCGGCUAGACUGAUUUCGAAAGCACGUCGCAAGGGCGAGAUUGUUAGACACAUCGCCGCGAAGCCUAGGGCCUAGGCAUAGAUUUCCCACGAGAAAAGUGCUGCCUAAUCGUUGAUAAAAGCGGUGACCAGUUCAGGUGCGGAGGUCAGAAGCCAAGAAACACUCAACGGGCCGUCCGAAAUACCUUCACUGGCUUCAGUAAGUCAUCCACUUCGCUGGAGAGGGUUUAUACUUUCGCUGAAGUAGAUAUCGAGACAGCGUUGGUAGCAUCGAAUACCGAUUAGUAUCGAUACAUUGUAUCGAUCGCUUACUCCUGGACUUCUGGAUUUUGUCAGCUAUCGCUAGUACAACCACUCGACACGGCUGGCGUGAGUAUGGACGAAGGGCGCGGUGACUCGCCGCCGGUUGCCAUGGCUGCCUUGCAGCGCAAACUCAAGUCCCUGGAAGACCUGCUGGUGUGCCCGGUGUGCCUGGAUCAGUACAACGACCCAAAGUCGCUGGCCUGCCUGCACGCUCUCUGCCGCAAGUGCAUCCAGUCGAUGGUGGACAUGGAGCGUCGGCAGCUGGAGCGCUCCGACAACAGCGGUAGCAGCAAUACCGAUGGCAUCAUGGUCACGUGUCCAGCUUGCCGCCAGCGUAGCCUAAUACCCAGCUCGGACCCGAGGAACCUGCCCGAUAACUUCAUGGUGAAGAACAUGCUCGACGCGCUGUGCCGUAGCGACUCACAGGAAGCGGAGAACGACACGUCGGAAUUGACCGCGUCCGGCGAGACUCCCUCCAGACAGAUGUCGCUGUCCGGCGUUGCAUCUCCCCCCGGUCACGUGCGGCACAGCUCGUUGACGGCGACGGAUUGCGGUAACUGCGGCGACGACAAGCAAGUCACUGACGUGUGCCAGCAGUGCAACAUGCGCCUGUGCCGUCUCUGCUCCACCGUACACCGCAAGCAGCUGGCCUCGCGCUCUCACGUGGUGGUGCCGAUCGGCCGCCUCAGUCCCGCCGAGCAGCGGGCACUGCGCGUCCGACCGCCCAACUGUGCGCGGCAUCCCGCCGAACCGCAGGAGUUCCACUGCGACACGUGCAGCGCUAUGAUAUGCCGCGACUGCGCACUCUUUGAUCAUCGCAUGCACGAGUUUGUACGUGUUGAGGAACACGCCGAGCGCCUGCAAAACCAGCUAGUGAGUUGUCACGAGAAGUUGGCAGCGCUACUCCCCGCAAUACCUGAACACACAGCAGGUAUAAAGACGUGCAUGCAGGUACUGGAGAGCGACGCCAGGCGCAUCAAGCAGCAUGAGCUGUGGUACAUUGACUCGCUGGUGGAAACCCUGCGGCAGAAACGGCGAGCGAUGGAGCAAGCUGUUGUUCACGCCAAGGAGGCCAGGAUGCAUGGAUACCGCGAUGAUGUCAGGGUACUGGCGGAGCAGGCUGCCUUGGGCGAAGAACUCGUUGCAGUCUCCAACGAAGUACAGAAAGCAAACCGCAACAGCACUGCAUGGGAUCGGCUGAUGCUCUUGGAUCAACUGCAGUCAUGUCAGCGUAGAAUAGAAGAGGUAUUGAAGGAAACAGGUGCAUCGCUACCACCGGCGUCGGGAGAGAAGCACGUAGAGCUGACGUUCGGCGCCUCGAAGAUUUCUGCCGCCGACCUGCUGAGCGAAAGUGGUACGCUGACAGUGCGUCAGCACAGCCCGUCGAGGCCGCUGGCGCGACGCUACAUCCUAAAAGCCCCGGACGUCUCCCACACUGCCUGGACGACGACAAUGCACAUUGUGGACACUGAGCCGGCAGCAAUGACAGCUGGCACUGCGGCUGCUUGCCAGUGCACCGAGGACGUUCCCGAGAUCAAGGCGUACUUGUCACUGAACAGUUCUGCCGCCGAAGACAAGGAGAGAACUUCGCUUCCGAUCGAGGAACUAGAGAACGGUGCACGCGUCAUCAACAUCAAUAUCGAACAGCAAUGCCGCGCCAUACUGAGUGUCGAGUGCAACGGCGCUCACAUCCGUGGCAGUCCGACAACCAUCGACAUCACAGGCGUGGGGAAAACCCUUCGCAUCAUCGGCAGCCGCGGCAACGGUGACCACCAGUUCAAGGACCCGUACGAUAUCACCGUGUCCCAUCACAACAACCACAUCUUCGUGGCCGACACGGGCAACCAUCGCGUGCAGGAACUGAGCGAGGAUGGCACGUUCAUACAAAGCAUCAAGUUCACGGCGGAGGACGGCAAGUCCAUGAAGCCCACGGCGGUCGCCGCCACUCGAGAUGGCAGACUGGUUGUGGCCGACUACAAUCACAAGUGUCUGUUGCUAUUCGACAAUGACACGCUGAUCAAGGUGCUGCACCCACCGGACAAUCGUCAGCGCCGCAACCGCAGCAAUCCCCUGGAGAGCGGCGGCGGCAGCCAUCGCGGUGCACGGCCGCUGGAAUGCUACGGUCUGGUGGUGGACAACGCGGGGCGCAUACUGGCAACCGACUACGUUGAGCGCAGCAUCCUGGUCUUCUCUCCCGACGGCGUCUACCUGACCUGCAUCGGUUACCGGUGCCAGAUGAACCUGGAGGCGAGGGCCGAGUCGCCUCAGCCAGUCAAUCCCAAGGGUCCGCUGGGUAUCUAUGCUGCACUGACGGCGGAUAAGUACUACGUCGCCGACUUUGGCUACUACAGGGUCAGCGUUCUAGACUCCGCCGGCAAGGUUCUGGAGCUGCUGGCCAGCCGCCUGGCACCGAGCCCGGACGGCUCUGCGGGCGGUGACGAGCCGCUACUGAAGCGGCCCUGGGGAAUAUGGUGCGAUAGUAAGACAUCGCGUAUCCUGGUCAGCGAUCACACCACUAACCAGUUGCUCGUCUUCCACGACGGACACGUCACCAGCAAACUACCCGCUGACGGAGACGUGGCUCAGCGCCUCAACGGCCCGGUCGGAAUCGCUCCCGACAAGUACGGCCGCAUCUGGGUGGUGGAGAGAGAAGCGCACCGCAUCCGCCUCUUCUAGGAAAGCCGGUUUGUUCACAGCUGCCAUGGCAAAGCUUCCGUAUUCGGCAUCUCCCAGCGAGAAUGGAACUAUGCGUGCGUGUAGGAUGGUAUGAAAGUUUUAUGUUGUGGCACAUGUUUCUCCUCCUUGCAGUUGGUUGGUGUCCAUGGCAUACUAGACUAGAGGAAAUGACAACAUUAACGCUAGGUGAGAUAGGUCCUCCUUGAGUGGCAUAUAUUGCUUUGAAGGAUAUUGUAGUUUUCUUCUACCUUGAGUGGGCUGAGCAAAAGCAACCCCGAUCAGUAGGAGCAAUGUAGUCGCGUUGAUUUGUGUCCUUUGCCUUUGAUUGCGCCAACCUUUGCGAUCCGGUUUUUUUGAAUACUUUGUCAAACUCUAAUAACGCAUUCCCAAAGGAUUCACAUUGGAAACACUGUAGCUGAAAUCAUGAUUACAAUUAAUGCUUGACUGACCUAACUGUUAUCAAUGAAGGUGAAUACUGUUUAAAAUCGA